UCUCUGCACACUGUCCCCACCGCCGCAACCAGUGCAAUGCUAAAGCUGCAACAUUAGCGCGUUUAUUUUCCCUUUUCCACGACCCUUCAGAGGGGGGAGACCUGUCACAUCGCCUUCUUUCUGUCUUGUUCUUUUCUUCACCGAGCCGCAGCGCGUUUUUCCGGACAUGCCUAACAUCGUGCUUUUUAGCGGGAGCUCCCACCACGACCUGUCCCAGAAAGUCGCCGAUCGGCUGGGACUGGAGCUGGGGAAAGUGAUCACCAAGAAAUUCAGCAACCAGGAGACAUGUGUGGAGAUCGGGGAGAGCGUUCGCGGCGAGGACGUCUACAUCGUGCAGAGCGGCUGCGGCGAAAUCAACGACAACCUCAUGGAGCUGCUCAUCAUGAUCAACGCCUGCAAGAUCGCCUCGUCGUCCAGAGUCACCGCCGUCAUCCCCUGCUUCCCCUACGCCCGGCAGGACAAAAAAGACAAGAGUCGAGCACCCAUCUCGGCGAAGCUGGUGGCCAACAUGUUGUCCGUGGCCGGAGCGGACCACAUCAUCACCAUGGACCUGCACGCCUCACAGAUCCAGGGUUUUUUCGACAUCGCUGUAGACAACCUUUAUGCAGAACCAGCGGUGCUACAGUGGAUACGCGAAAAUAUUCCUGAGUGGAAGAAUUGUAUAAUCGUUUCUCCAGAUGCUGGUGGAGCAAAACGAGUGACGUCUAUCGCCGACCGCCUGAACGUGGACUUUGCGCUGAUCCACAAAGAGAGGAAGAAGGCCAACGAGGUGGACCGCAUGGUGCUGGUCGGCGACGUCAAAGACCGCGUAGCCAUCCUGGUGGACGACAUGGCCGACACCUGCGGCACCAUCUGCCACGCUGCCGACAAGCUGAUUGACGCUGGCGCCGUAAAGGUGUACGCCAUCCUCACACACGGCAUUUUCUCCGGCCCGGCCAUCUCUCGUAUCAACAGCGCCCCGUUCGAGGCCGUGGUGGUGACCAACACCAUCCCCCAGGAGGAGAAGAUGAAGGCGUGUCCCAAAAUACAGGUCAUCGAUAUCUCCAUGAUCCUGGCGGAGGCGAUCAGGAGAACCCACAACGGCGAGUCCGUGUCCUACCUCUUCAGCCACGUACCUUUGUAGUUAAAAAAAAAAAAAAAAAGAGCAGGAGCGUUUUCUCGUCCUCCUUCCACUUUGAGCCACUCGGCCGGCACUUUUCUGCCACAUAUCCUCCAGAAACGCCGGGGAAAUAAAAAAAAACGGCCCGCUGGUUUUUUUUUUUUUUUUUUUGGCCAACUCCCAAAUGUGACUGUUAAAAAAAGGUCGCGCCCACACGAUCGUUGUCUUUGACAUCCUCACCACGGGACAAAUAUCAUUUCAUCUCUCAAGUUGUAUUUAUGAGUUCCUCCUUUUUUUUUUUCCUUCUUCUCUUGUUUCAGUUUGUCCGACCUUCAAACACCCGAGGCCUGGCCUUCACUUUAACCAAAGGGUCCAUGAUGUAUUAUUUGUACCUCACUUUAAAAGAACCAUUCCACCAAGUCAUUCAAGUAGAGAUAUUUAGGCGGUUUAAGCUUCAAAGAAUAAGAAAGAAAAGAGCUCAAAAUGUGAAGAUGUGCACCUUUCCUCCCCUAAGUGUUUGCCUUAACAGCUGCUAAAAUGAUUUGAAUAAAGCUUAACUCUUAGCGCUAUAAAGAUUGUAAUAUUUUGGCUUCAUACAGGAGUUGAUUUCAAACUUUGUCUCACCUCUGAACUGUCAUUUCUCCUUUAAUAAGCUGCUGCCAACCUUCCUCCUUUGUUUCUGUUUAAUCCAAUGAGAACUGAACUCUCCCACAGCUCUGUUAUUGAUUAGAAAAAAGAGUGUGAUGCAAGGUGUUAUGGGUGCUGCGCCCAUGUUUCAAAAAAGGUCACGAAAACAAAAGGAGCCCGCAAAGCUUGAGAACAGUGUUUAACAUGUCAAGAUUUCACAGCGUCUUCAAACAGAACCUUGUCAUCACGGCUGUAACGGGUCACUUUAGUUCAGACGAGGCAGGUCUCACUCUUUGCCUGUUGGUGGAUUAAAAAAAAAAAAAAAAGCUUGUGGGAAAAAAAGCAUGAUUUAAUUUUUUUUUAUAUGUAACACUUCGAGCUGUUUUGUUGACAAUAAAGCUUUGACAAUG